GUGAUCUUCAAGUUAAUCAAGUUGGGUUGUAUAAAUUGUUGUGUUGUUUGGGACUUAUAGCGGAAUUAUGGAUGAUGAAUUCAGAAUGCUGCUGCUGAGCUUCUUGUUGUAUGUUACAGGUAAGGUGGCUACAGUAUAUUUGUUGAAUAUUGCACACAAGCAAAAAGAAAUUGAAAAUGAAUAUAGAAAUAUUCGGGGAUCAGAGCAGUUUUAGUAGCAUCUGCAAAGCCCUCAACUGUUGUAUAUGUAUAAUGUUACAAUUGGAAGUCAAUCCGGUUAAGGGCAUCUGCCUUAUAAUAUAAGAUGUAAUUUUGCAUUUUACACCAGUAACGUGGUCCACAGUGGGCUGCCCACAGUGACCAGAUAUGGGGCCAGUUUCAAAGCCGAGGGUGUAGAGGUUUAUAUUUAUUUAAUUAUAUUGUAAAAACAUUUUCUAAAACCUUAUAGAGGAAUCAGGAGAAUAAGGAGCAACCUGCUGUUGGACUAAUAUUGGCCUGUGUGUGUGUGUGUGUGUGUGUGUGUGUGUGUGUGUGUGUGGGCAUGUGUGAACUUGACUUACUGAUGAUAAAUUUACAAACCAGUGCUUUUGAAAAUUACUUAUUUCGGUCUUUUAGACAUUUAAGGAAUGUUGCAUUAAUAUAAUGAUCUCUUUCCAUUUUUUAUUCCAAAAGCAUGAAUAUUAUGUGAAUAUUAUGUGCAUCGUUAUAUAGCGAUGUGAAGCAGACUUCCUGUUACUACUUUGCAGAUGAUUGUUUUCAAUAACAGCACAACAAACAGUUUUUUUGUUCUUCUUUUCUACUGCAGCUAUAAAUAUACAACUAAUUCAAGUUGUAAUGUUACUAAGAAACAACACAGCCAUGUCAGAAAACAUUAUCUUUAAGCUUAUAGCUUCACCUCUGCCUAUUACAACCCACACUAAUGACUUCUUCCAUCAGUGCUAAUCCAAUCAGAAGUUGAAAAAUAGUGUAAUUGCUCUGAAACCUAAAACUUCACCUUAUCAACAAUUAUGGUGUUUUAAAAUUCUGGGGCACAUGUGAGAGUUCUUACUGAAGAAACAUUCACAUAUUAGAAGGAAUGCAUGAAUAUAAACCUGAUUUUGUUUUAUUGUGUUUAAUAUUCAAUGUUAACAUUUCAGUUUCAGUAUCGGGUAUCCAGCAUGUGCACGUGUCAUGCAGUAAAAAGGAAAUCUGUGCUCUGAAUGAGUUAUCAGUAACCCUGACAUGCUCGUACUCAAAUAUCAACAUCACCACUGGCUUCUGGUUCAAUCUAAAAGACAAAGCUAAAUGGUGGAAGGAAGAACAUCCAGAAGAUUUAACUUUAGACUCGGACUAUGCAGGACGUGUGAGAUACACAGAGAUGACAAAUUCCAGCUCGACUCUUACAAUAACAGACCUGAGAGAGAGAGACUCAGGGGAAUAUCACCUCAUGUUUAUUACGGAUAAAGGAGAGAAAUAUCAGAGCUCAGCUGGAGUUACUCUAACAGUUACAGACCUGCAGGUGACUCAUAACUUCACAGAACAAACUCUUACCUGCCGCACUUCCUGUCCCCUGACCUCUCAAAUUACACCGUACUACUGGUACAGGAAUGGACAAAUGUUAAAAACAUACACAGAAACCUUCUCUUUAAAAGUUGCUGAUGAUGGAAGUUACUCCUGCUCUGCUGACUAUUACAAAUUUUACUCUCCUCCACUGUGUGUUGGAAGAAAUUGUUGGAAUGUGACCUACACAGAUAAAAGAGUGUGUGCUAUGGAAGGAUCUUCAGUGAAAUUUUCUGGAACUUACUCACAUCCCAGUAAUCUGCGUGUUAAAGUUUUCUGGCAUUAUUUUCAGUCUGGUAAAACUAUUGAUCUGAAGACUGUAACACAUGUUGCUAAUCGAGUUGAAUACAGGAAGAAUAAUGUAACUUUGAAAAUAAACCAGCUGACAAAAGAUGACUCUAAUGAAUAUCUCCUUAGAUUCAUUACUAAUGAUAGUAGAGGUUUCUCUGGUAAACCUGGAGUGAUUCUGAAAGUCACAGAUCUGCAGGUAAGAGUGAGUCAGUCUGCAGUGGAUUCAGAAGAACAGACUACAGUAACGCUGAGCUGCAUCACCUCCUGCACCCUGUCCAACAAUCCCACUUACAUGUGGUACAAGAACAGACAGCCUGUUACAAACAAACCCACCAAACACAACAAGCUCUACCUGAGCUCCAGUAAAGAUGCAGGAAACUACUCCUGUGCUGUGAGAGGAUGUGAGGAACGCCGCUCUCCUGAAGAAACUGUGACAAUCAAACCAGGUUCAGAGGAUCACACGGUGUUAAAGUACAUCAUAGUGGGACUGACUGCAUUCCUGGUAGUAACACUCCUCUCAGGAGCUCUGUGUGUGUGGAAGAGAAAGUCAAGUUCAGCUAAUGGCCACAGCAGCAGUGGUGAGAACGAACAGCAUCACUUUGCCUCAGACCUCAAUGGAAGUGUUCCCUCAGACGAUCAGGAUAAUGUUCAGUAUGCCAGUGUUUUCUUUAAACACUCCCAGGCACCCAAACCAUGUCCAGACACCACAGAGGAAGAUGAUGUCCAGUAUGCUGCUGUGAACAUUAGAAGGAGCGCUGCUGCCACCCGGCUUGUAGCAGAUGAAGCAGCUGAUGAUCCAUCUCAGAUUUACAGCAAGGUCCAGAAACGCCCCACUUAACCAUGUAACCCAUCAUUAGUUCAUUUUCCUGGUACAUCUAAAGAGAUAUAAGUUUUGGGUCCUAGAAAAAAAAAUAGCAUAAAAAAGAUGUCCAAGUUCUGUUCUGAAACAAGGGAAAAGGGAUGCUUUGAGAUUUUAUUAGAGUUGUUGUAGCAGUAUCAUUGCUUCAGAAGUGUAUUUAAAUGCUUUUAUAAUAUUGUAUGCUCUUUAACCUAAAACAAUAUUUUAGUUUAUAGGAUCUUUAUUUCAAAUUGUUUUAUAUCCAUUAUAAGCUUUGAUUAAUAUUUGCUUGUUAUAUUUGACAUGCUGCCUAUUAUGUUACCUAGUGUAAUCAUUGUUUUAAUCAAAAUCCUUUUUUAUUUUAUGCUGUUUAACAAUUAGAUUCAAGUUUACUUUAAUUUAUUUAUUUUCUGGUACGACAAACAAAUAAUUAUCAUAGUUAGCCAAAAUGAAUGCGUUUAAGUCAUUUUUACAUUACUUAUUUUUUGGUUAUACUUUAUUUAAAGGAUUAUUAAAAAAGCUUUUCAUGGAACAUCAACAGCCACAGCAAUUGUGCUCGUCUUUGUGUAAUGUGUAUAAAACAUGUACAACAUGUAUGUUAUGAGCUCACUUUGAUUGACUAAUUAAAUUGACAAACUUUUUCAA